CAGAAAAAAGGAUAGCUUCCGUAUGUUUAAACGGACAAACACUUACGUCAGACGAUGCUCCACUCUAUCUGACAAAUGAAAACUAUCCAAGUGUAACAAACGGAAGUGGAUCAUGUUCCUGUUCCCUUGAAGUAUACUCCUGCUCUUCCAGCAUCAACAUGUACAUAAUGGACGCAGAUCUGUACUUAGAUACAAGUGAUUGCUACCAGACCUUAGAAUUUCUAGAUGGGUCUAAUAAAACACUGUAUAUGAUUGGUUGUGAAAGUCACUACUCAAACCAAAUAGAAAGCAGCACAGCGAAUAGUCAUUAUCUAAAAAUAGAUUUCAUCAAUAACAGUACAUCAAACCAAGAAGGAUAUUUUUUCAUUGGCCUCGAAGCUUCAGAGUCUGGAGCAUCUUAUAGCCUCAGCUGCAGCUAUGAACAAGAAACAUGGUGUGUCGGAUGUGGUGAUGUACCAGUGAUCGCAAAUGGAAAUAUAGACCUCAGCAAUGUGAACGAUUCCUCCUACGCAGCAGCAGCAAAUGUUAUCUGUGAUUCAGGAUAUGACACAAAUACGCCUACUAUAAAUUGCCUUGCUAAUGGUACAUGGCCAGCUCCUGUGUGUACAGAGAAAGCCGCCUGUACAGCAAGUCAAUGGAGAUGUACUAAUGGAGACUGUGUAUUAGCCAGUCAGAGAUGUGAUCAUUUUCCCGACUGCAUGGAUCUAUUCACGAAAUUGACAUUUGAAUAUUUAAAUCAACUACAAAUCAUAUCCCUAGGUUCGGUCUGUCCAGAGGGUCUAGAGUUCUGUCCUCAUGGUAAUGGAACCGACGUUUGCGUCGACAAAGCAGUUGGAUGUAGUUGUGGUACAGUUCCGUCGAUACCAAAUGGAGUAUUAAUGAUUGAGGACAAUUCAACAAUUGGGUCUGUGGCUAACGUCACGUGUAAUGAAGGUUACAUUCCCAGUCAACAAACUGUUACAUGUCUGACUACGGGUUCGUGGGAGACUGUGUCAUGUACUCCUAAUGCCGCCUGUACAGCAAGUCAAUGGAGAUGUACUAAUGGAGACUGUGUAUUAGCCAGUCAGAGAUGUGAUAAUUUUCCAGACUGCAUGGAUCUGUCUGAUGAAGACAACUGUGUUGGUUGUGGCUCUGUUCCGUUGAUACCAAAUGGAGUAAUAACAACUGUUGAUAAUUCAACAACUGGGUCGGUGGCUAACGUCACGUGUAAUGAAGGUUACAGUCCGAGUAAACAUAAUAUUACAUGUCUGAUAACGGGUUCGUGGGAUACAGUGUCAUGUACUUUUGAAG